AUGGCGCCUGAGCGCCUCAAGUUCAUCACCCGCCAUCCGGCCAGGCCCUCCACCGCCCGGAUCUGUUCCUCCCCUCACCUCCCUACUGUUGAGCCCCGCGCCAAGUCCACUGCCGCCAUGGAUGUCCCGAUGCGGGAGCUCGCUGUCGACUGCGCCCGACGUCGCCAGCCUCCGGAUCCGUCGAGCCCCGGCCUCUCUGGCCUCUCCGUCGUGGGAUCCUUCGAGUCCCUCGAGUUCAUCUAG